CAGCAUUAUAGAAUAAUCAUUGGGUCGUUCUUUUGUCAUUCAGGUGAGGCAAUCCGGUGCAACUACUGCGAAAGCUAUGUUUCAUUUGAGGAUUGUGAUAAACGUUUGAAACAUGUCGAGUGUGCGAAGGAAUUUGACUUGGAUCAUUGCAUGAAGACGCAUAUCAAAGCUUCUAGCAGAACUGAAGAAAAAUUCAAACGAGGGUGCCAGUCUGCACGUAAGUGCAAUAAGCCACCAUGCAAGGCCCCUGGUGACGACAAAUGUGACGUCUUCUGUUGUACAGAAGACAACUGUAAUAAAUCGUCCAUAACAGUUGACAGCGGUGCCACGCUUUUUAUAUGCGCAAUGCUGGCGACUAUUUUGAUAAGGCUAACAGAGUGA